AUGUACACACAGACACAUGUACGUACAUACACACAAACACACACAUGUACAUGCACACACACAGACACAUGUACACACACCCAUACAGGUACAUACACGCAGACACAUGUAAAGAUACACACAUGUACAUACACACAGACACCCCCCCCCCCCAUAAAAAGUUGCAGUACUUCGUUGUUCACGCACAGAUCUGGGUACUGCACUCUAGGGGGAGGCAGAGAACACAGCACACACUCCUUGCUUUUCUUUCACUGUGCUCAGCUAUUGAGCAGUCUGACGGCUCCCAGUGCCAAUGACAGAUCCAGUAUGAGCUCCAAGCCUGCUCAGCAAGACAGCCCUGGGGGACACACUCGCCCCCACCAUAAUUGCCACUCGCCAUUGGCGAGCAGGCGAGUGGAAAUUUCAAGCCCUGUCAUAGGC